AUGGGUUCUGAAUCCUGUUCCCUGGGAAACCCAACAGAACCCUGGACUGGGGAGAGGAGAAGAAACCUGCCUUUAAAGUUGAGCCUCCUGGAGAGAUGCAGUCUCAGGCCUGAGAAGAUGCAGGGGCUGCUGUCUCAGGAGGGCAGGGCCUGGGAGAAGCGUGCUUCCCUCACCAAGGACUGCAUGGCUGUGGAGGUUGCGGCCUCUGGCUGUGACAGUGACAAGAAAGACCUACCUUCUCCCGAGACUGGGCAUCCCCAGGAGUGGAGCUCGGUGGAGGAAGACGAUGAGUCAGAGGACUCCCAGAGCUUUGUGGAGUGGUCAAAAGCUCCGCAACAAAUGACCAUAGUCUUGGUAGUGUGUGUGCUUUAUUUGUUCCUGGUUUUAACAGGGAUGCCUAUGAUGUUUCACAUUUAACUAUAAAAGUGGCUAUUGUUUAGAAAUAGAUGCCCUGUGUCAUGUUAAGGAAGAGACCUGAUUAAAAAUCAGGAACAGGUCUUGAAUAUUAUCAAAUGCCUUUUAAACAUCCAUUGAGAUGAUUUUUCUUUUGUAUUUAACCAUUUUGUGUGAGGUUUUGAAUUACUGUAUUUCACUGACCUUAAGACAUCAUCGAUUGUAAAACAUGCAUUACUUUGUAUACCCCUGAGAAAGAAAAAAAAUGCUACUUAAAUGUAAGAUGCCACCAAGUGGAAGAUGCAUCCUGACUUCAGAGAAGGUGAACACGUGCAACUUAGGAGCGAUAAAAUCUGGUAGAUUUCUUAAUUACAAAUCAUCUUUGCAUUCUUAGGAUGGUGGUACAGCAGUCUUUUCAGAUAUUGAAUUCUAUUUCUUGAUAUUUUCUGUAAGAUUCUUGCCUCUAUCUUCUUAUGUAAGACUGGUGCUAUCUUUGUUAAGUUUUGGUAUCGUGGCUAAGCUUGCAUCAUGGAAGGACUUGAGUAAAGUUUAACCUUUUUCUGUGCUUUCGAAUACUUUCUGUAGCUUGAGAAGUAUCAAUUCCUUGACAUUUUGAAAGAAUUCACCAGCAAAGUAAUCAGGUCCUAGAGCUAUGGAGGGGAAGUUUCAGUGAGUUCUUGGAUGGCUUUCUCCAUUUCUUCUCAUGUUAUUAGCUUAUGAAUACUUUUUACUCCAUUAAUUUUUAUGAUUUACAGUGUUCUCUUAUCCCCUAGGCUAUGCUUCAUUCCACUAAGCGUCCCCCCCCCCAGAUGAUUAGCUUAUUUGUGCACAGUAUUUUAUAAUUAAACAAAAUCUUCUCUUUAUUUUAUUCUGUCCCCUUUCUGCCUUUCAACUUCGGUUUGUGGUUAUUAGAUUUGUCAAAGUUUUAUCUAGUUUAUUAUUAACUUUCUGAAGAACCAUCACUAGGAUUUAUUUAUGUCCAUUAUUUCUCUAGUUUAUAAUUUGUUUUCCUUUAACAUGUAUUGGGUUUAUUAUUUAUUUAUUUAUUUAUUUAUUUUUGCCCUAUG